AUGAAGGCUGCGAAUCUGGAUGCCGUCUUCGAUUUCCUCUUUACUGGCGAGGACCCGCAGCAAGUGGAGAAUGAGGGCGGCCAGCAGCGACCUCCCCAUUUUCUGAUAGCUGGAAAGGCGCGUGUCUACCUGUACCGGCCGAACUCUAACAACCCCCAAGGCUACGACAAGGAAGAAUACUUUGGGAAAUAUCGAAUUCCGGGCCCAUCUGUGCUCUCCGUUGAACUGACCGCAUCGGCGGAAGAGGCGUCCCACGACAGAUUCCAAGCGCCGAAAAAGCCGGUCAUCCGCAUCUUGGACGCUUCUAUCCUGGUCGGUGACUAUAUCGGCGCACUCCCCUACGAGAAGCGCCUCGAGUGCAUCAAGAAGUUUUGCAAGGCGGCCGCUUUGGUCUCCGGUUCAGUCAGUGUUCAAACGCCAAAACAACAGCAGAAUUUCAAUAAGAACCGCUUAUUUGUCAAACUGGAGCCGAUUGUGUUUCACCCGAUGGAGUUGGUUGUCGCCGAAUGUUUCAAGCUCAGCGAGAUUCCACUGCAUCGCCCGGUCCUGACAAAACACCAGAACGAACCCGUGGCUUUCAUUCGCGAAGGUCAAAACGCUUUCCGCGUCAGCGGCUUGCAUGUGCUGAAAUAUUUGAAUGACCAAUGGAGCGUUUUCUGGAGCAACACGGCCAAGCAGUGCUACGCGUAUUCAGUAGUAAAGCAACCUGGUGGUGGCCACAAGGCGGCAUCGGUGUUCCCCGACAAAUACGCCGAGAACCAAGUGACGACCAACUUCUACGACACAGCUUUCACCAAGAAUCGCCCUCACAUGCACCAGUUCUGGAGUUGGCAGAAUAGCCGAGGCAGUUCGGUAUCGGCGUACGGCGUGAAAAGCAUCAUGAAGAACGACUCGCAUCAGGAUGGCCCUACCCUCAAGUCGGUUGCGGCCACGAUUCAACCAUUCACCGCGCCGAGGCCCGUCAAAAGUCCU